UUGAGUGGGGGAGAUGUGCUCUGGUGUGGGGGAGGAUAGCAGCCAGAUGAACACUCAGCACUGGUUUGCAGAGCAGCAGGAGGAACAUGGCGGCACAGUUAGCCAGCAGAAAUGUUGUUCCACUCCCGCGAAGGUCAGAGCAGCUUCUCAUAAACGGAAUCUAGGAGCGAGGACACGGCCGCAAGUGUUAAAUCAGAGAAGUGGAUGAUGCAUAAAGGUUUUAAAGACGCACCGCCAUACUGCAAUGGCCUGAGUGACUCGCUUGACUGAAACAAAGACUUUGAUAUGAAUUGAGGAUGAGUGGUGUCGGGGAAAACGCAUCUGACCCUACAAGGGCAGAGUCACGGAAACGCAAAGAAUGUUCUGCUGAACUUCACGGGCCAAGUCCCAAGAGAAGCAAUGAGAAACGCAACCGGGAGCAUGAAAACAAAUACAUAGAAGAGCUUGCUGAGCUGAUCUUCGCCAACAUCAACGACAUUGACAACUUCAAUGUAAAGCCAGACAAAUGUGCAAUCCUGAAAGAAACUGUGAAGCAGAUCCGGCAAAUAAAGGAACAAGAAAAAGCUGCAGUGAAUGAGGAGGAGGUUCAGAAGGCGGAUGUCUCCUCAACAGGCCAAAGUGUGAUUGACAAAGAUGCUCUGGGACCAAUGAUGCUGGAGGCUCUGGAUGGCUUCUUCUUUGUGGUGAACAUGGAGGGCAACAUUGUAUUUGUGUCAGAGAAUGUGACCCAGUACUUGCACUACAACCAGGAGGAGCUGAUGAACACCAGCGUCUACAGCGUGUUGCACGUCGGCGAUCAUGCCGAGUUCAUCAAGAACCUGCUGCCGAAGUCCCUUGUUAAUGGCGUCCCCUGGUCCAGCGAGGGCCCGAGGAGGAACAGUCACACAUUCAACUGCCGCAUGCUGGUCAACCCACACAGCGAGAACCAGGAUGAGCCACAUGAGCAUGAACCUCAGCAGCAAAAAUAUGAGACCAUGCAAUGCUUUGCUGUAUCUGAGCCAAAGUCUAUCAAGGAGGAAGGAGAUGAUUUUCAGUCUUGUCUGAUCUGCGUGGCACGCAGGGUGCCAAUGAAGGAACGACCCAUGCUGCCAACACACGAGAGUUUCACUACACGCCAAGAUCUUCAAGGUAAAAUAACAUCCCUGGAUACUAGUCUGCUGCGAGCAUCUAACAAACCUGGGUGGGAGGAUCUAGUGAGGCGCUGCAUUCAGCGGUUUCACCUGCAGAACGAUGGUGAGAUGUCUUUUGCCAAGAGACACCAGCAAGAGGUUCUCCGACACGGUCAGGCGUUCAGCCCCAUCUAUCGGUUCUCGCUGUCAGACGGAACCUUCGUCUUGGCACACACCAAGAGCAAACUGGUGCGCUCACCUGCCACAAAUGAACCCCAGCUCUACAUGUCUCUGCACAUUCUCCAGCGGGAGCAAACAGCUUGUGGAAUAGGCCAAGAAAUGGGUCCUGGCAGUCAAGCUACAGGGAUGGCUCCAAAACCAAUGAACUCCUCCACUCCCUCAAUGACUCCUCCAACUCCAGGCAGCUUGCCAGGAUCUGGACCUCAGGGCCAAGACACCACCAUCAGCAGCAACAGCACGCCUUUUUCUCCGCCCAGUUCUACUGGUCCUAGAGAACCUGCAGCCAUGGGGGUUCACAUGCAGGGCUACCGUUUUGGCUGCCCCCCACCACACAACCACACCGGUGGUAUGCAACCACCUCAGCAGGGUCAAAACUGGAGAAUGAACAGCCCGUCUCGGGCGAGUCCAAGUCCCGCUGGUGGGCCUCAUCCUCCUCAACAGAAUUCAAUGCUUUCUCCCAGGCACCGUGGGAGUCCCGGGGGUGCUGGCAGCCCCCGUGUCGCAGGGGGUCUGCACUCGCCCUCCCCUAUGGGGAUUGGUGGUGGAGGAUCUGGAGGCUCAGGUGGAAGCAACUCAUCAAGCACCCAUGCUAAUAGCUACACUAGCAGUUCUCUGUCAGCUCUGCAGGCUCUGAGUGAAUGUCAUGGGGUUGGACAUGGUCACGCUCCUGGUCAUGCUCACACUCUGGGCUCUCCAGAGCGAAAGAUGGGCUCCCCUGUUGGAGUCACCUCCGGGCCUGGUGUGAACACUCAUUUGAUGUCCAAACUAGGAGGGGGCAGUUCUGUUACUGGAGGUGCAGUGGAUUCUUUCGGUCCUCAGACAGAUGCCAGUCAAAGUAUUUCCCAAGGCCAGACUGAAAGCAACUUAGCAGAGCCCAAGGACGAACGAGGAAGUCCCCUCGAAGGCACCGGAGUCCACAAUCGACUUCAGGACAACAAAGGCCAUACAAAACUACUCCAGCUGCUGACCACCAAGCCAGAGCCUCUAGAGACCCCUUUGUCUCCUGGUGCAGCGGGUGAAGGAAAAGACCAGGCCGGAGUUCGGGGAAACCAUGCUGGGGGGACCACUCAUGCCUCAUCCCUCAAAGAAAAACACAAAAUCCUCCACCAACUACUGCAGAACAGCUCAUCUCCUGUUGACCUGGCCAAACUAACAGCCGAGGCCACAGGCAAAGAGCUUGGCCAAGAGCAAAGCCAAAGUUCUGCUGCUGCAGCUUCAGGGACCGAACUCACUCCAAAGCAGGAGCCCUUAAGCCCAAAGAAAAAGGACAACGCCCUUCUGCGGUAUCUCUUAGAUAAGGAUGAGACUGGGAUGAAGGACAAAGUCCCUAAACUGGAGCCCGGAGAAGUGAAGGUCGAAGGGGGAAAACAUCCGCUCGUUAAAGUGGAGAAACAAGAUGGGGGGUACGACAGAGCUGAACAGUUGUCUGAGCUGGACGACAUCCUCAACGACCUGCAGAAUGCUCAAUCACAGAUCUUCAAUGAGCAGCGGCCGAUGUCGUUGCCUAGUUCCAUGGACAAGCAUAAUAUCAUCAAUGAUAUUUUGCAAAUGUCUGAAACCACUCCUGGCCUGGCAGUGCAGCAGCAACACAGGAACAUUGGCGCUGGAAUGGCCCCAACAAACUUUGGAGCCUCCAGACCUGUUCAACCAGGCAGGGGUCCACCUUUGAGGAGCGUAUCUCUGGACAUGAACGUGUCGCCACAGCAGGCACAGUACCCUAUAAGAGCGACCAGCCCGUACGCUCUCAUGCAGCAACAGCAGCAAGGCAUGGUGGGGAACCAUGGCAUGAUGGGCAACCAGGCCGGAAUGGUCGGCACCGGUGGUCCGAGGCCAGCUAUGCAGCAGCAGGAAGGCUGGGUGGGCUCUGCAUCUGCUCCCCCAUUAGGAGCAUCAGGACCUGGACCUCAUGGUACUGUCAGGAUGGGUCCGAACGGCACGCCCAUGAGGCCCAACAGCCAGCCGGGACCACGGCAAAUGCUCCAGUCUCCCAUGAUACCCACUGCCCAACCGGACAUGGACAUUGGCAUGGCUGGACAUUUCUCCCAGCAGCAAGCGCCACCCAAUCAGACAGCCCCCUGGCCGGAUAGUAUGAUGCCUAUUGACCAGGCAGCUUUUGUUAAUCAGAACAGAUCCUUGCACCAGGCCAACCAGGAUGACUUGUUAUCCAACAGCGGCUUAAUAGCUGGUGAUGUCACUGCCGUCGACGAGACAGCUCUGAUGUCACAACUCUACACUGCACUAAAAGAUUUCGACGGUUUAGAAGAGAUCGACCGAGCCCUCGGAAUCCCAGCACUGAUCGAACAAAAUCCCCGGAAGAACCAGACACUGGAGCAGGAUCACUUCCCACAGGACCCCGCCAUGAUGCUGGAGCAGAAGCCCCCCAUGUACACCCAGCAGUUCGGGCCGGCUCAGACCCACAUGGGUCAGAGGGGCUACCCUGGUGGGCCUUUGCAAGAACCCGGCUUCCACCCAAUGCCAAGCCAGAUGGGUCCUCGACCCGGUUAUCCAAUGAUGAGAAUGCAAGCUCGGCCAGGACUCAGGCCUGCUGGAGUUGUGCCCAGUCAGCCCAACACGUUACGGCUCCAGCUGCAGCACCGGUUGCAGUCGCAGCAGAACCGACAACCAAUGAUGAGCCAGAUGAGCGGCGUGUCAAAUGUCAAUCUACCUCUUCGAGCCAACGCGACGAACCAGGGGACCAUCAAUGCUCAGAUGUUGGCGCAGCGUCAGAGAGAACUGCUGAGUAAUCACCUGAGACAGCGGCAGCAGCAGCAGCAACAGCAGGUUCAGCAGGCCCAACAGGUCCAACAACAACGGAGCAUGGCCAUGAGAGCCCCGGGCCUCAACCUGCCUCCCAACAUGGCCGCGGGAGGCAUGAACAACCCCCGGAUACCACAGGCCAACCCUCAGCAGUUCCCCUACCCGCCCAGCUACGGUACCAGUACAGGCCUGGCCUCGCCACCUCCCUCUACCAGCCCUUUCUCCUCCCCUCUCUCCCCCAGCCUGCCACCUCUCCCUUCCAACUCCCAGCUCCACUUGCAUGGCACCUCCUCCUCUUCCUCCACCCCCUCCUCCUCUCAGAUGAUGAUGGGAAACACAAACAUGAUGGGCGGACAGUAUGGGGCCGUACUCAGCCCCCAAAUGCAGCACAGUGCCUUUCAGUUUCCCAACUCAGGUAUGAGCCAACAAGCAGACGGAGGCUUUGGAGGUCCAGGCACACCACAGAGCCCCCUGCUUUCCCCCCGCAUGGCCCAUACUCAGUCCCCGAUGAUGCAACAGGGACAAGGAAAUUCUGCUUUUCAGGGCUCCCCUGACAUGAACGGCUGGCCACAAGGCAACAUGGGAGGGAACAGCAUGUUCUCUCAGCAGCAGGCAUCGCCCCAGUUCUCUCAGCCAAGCAACAACAGCAUGUACAACGGCGGCGGCAUGAACCUCAACAACGUCUCCAUGACCACCAACAUGGCGACCAGCAGCAUGGGCCAGAUGGCCGGACAGAUGAGUGUCACGUCCAUGGCCUCCGGGCCGUCCCCGGGGCUGCCCUCCAUGGGACAAGAACAGAAAUACUGUUGACGAAGUUCUGAACCUCAGCGAUCGGCUGGUGGAAGGAGCCGGAACUCUACACACAAACAGCCCCUUUAACCAGCCAGGCCAAGCGCCCGGACUCCGUCUCCCCGGCCCAAAGAUGUUCACCUCUCUCGGACCGACUUCUUCUUCUUCUUUUUUUUUUUUUUCUUUUCCCCAGCUGGGGGCGCCGGGGAGGAGAGUGGAUCUACGUCCGAGCUCGCAGUGAGCCAGUCUGUCUGCUGUCCAGCUGCAUUCACCGUUGUGUGACUUACUGUAGACCUCCAGGUGGGGGACACUGACUAUCGAGGGGGCAGCAGGGGGUGACAUCCCUCCCUCUGAUGAAUGUAUUGCUCUCAGUGGGCAGGUGGGCCAUUUACAAUCUCAUCUCAAUUCGUACACUGAUUUUUUUUUUCCUCCCCGUUUUUUGGCUUUGAACUCACUCAUGGUGACAUUUCCACAGCAACAGACUGCACCUUCACAUUUUCGGAUGGAGUUCACAUACUUUGCCGGUUUUGCCUUUUUUGCUGUUCUUUUAUUUGUUAUUUUAUUGUGGUGAGCUGUAGAAUGAAGAUGAGGUUGAUCUUGACAAACACUGCAGACGAAUGGUAAGUUUAGACUAAUUUAGUCCAGAGGUUUAUAUAGUGUAUUAAAUUAAGUUUUAUUUUUCCUGUAUAGAUUCAUUUUAAUUAUUGUAGAUUGUUUAUCCUUGUAGCGACAAGAGAAGAAUAUUUCUUAAAGUGUGACAGAGGCACCUUUUAAAAGACGACAAUAAUGGUUGUGUUCUUCUGGUCACCGAUGGUAUUUGCGUCCUGUUGUUUCAGAAGAUGUCUAAAUCCAUUAUGGUUUAAAGAACUACAGAGAUUGUACAUACCGAUGAGAUGAACUUUUUUUUCCUUUUUCUAUUUAUUUUUACUCCCCCCACCUGUCUGCUGUGGCGGGCAGUUCUCUCUCGCGUCGAGGUGCUUGGAGUGAGCGGGUCUUGAUGCUCUGACUUUCUGGUACGAGGCAGACAGCGUGGGGGGUCAGGGGUUCUGCUGUGUAUACCGUGUACAGACUAUUGCUUGCUUCUCUGCCUUUAGCAUAGAACACUAUCGAAAAGACAAAAAAAAGGAACAAAAUCAACACAGCCAUACGAUAAGUUAAAAAAAAAAAAAACGAAAAAAAAUCUGAAGUGUGCUUUCUAUGUCGUCUGGAGUGAAACUGCUUCGUACAAGCUGCUAGGUGCAACUGUUCUGGCGUGAUGUUAACAAGCAAUAAUACUUACUUGAGAAUCACACGUGGGUUUUUUUUCUUCUGUUUUUGUAAUUUUUGUACGUUUCCAGAAUACUAAAGGAUUUUUUGCUCCACAUUUGGAUGCAGUAUUAAACACAGUUUUCUAUUGCAGUUUGUACCAAGACAGUCAACAGCGUUUCUGUUCGCAGCUGCGUCCACACUACCAUGGUGUCGUCCGAUCGCCACGGUUACACCGCCAGAAUCCGACUGCACUUAGCAUCGCCACUUAGCCACGAUGCUUUCACGCGACUGCUUUUUGUGCAGUUUGUAGCUCAAUUGACGACUAGAACGUUUUGAUGUGUGUCCAGUGCUAAAUUCUAGGCUGUUUUAAAUGAUCCAUUUACUGUCCACCUCCUUUAGCGGCGAAUUCUUGGGACAUGAACCUAGUGCACGUUCUUCAACGUCAUGUUGAUGUUAGCAUGUUGCUUAAAGAUGGAAACACAGGGAGUGAGUCAGUUUUAAGAAACAUUUUAAAUAAUUUAUGUUUUAGGUUUUCUGAAAUAACACAUUUUGCAGAAGCUAACUGUGGGCUAGCAAAGAGCGGAAUAUUUUUCUAAAUAGUUGACAUUUGUAGUGAUGUUUUUUGCGCAACCAAACACAAAUUGUAUCACAUUUGGUGCUUGUUUACAUGGAAAUUCAUCUUCACUUCAUACAACACGAUAACUGAUCUGGUAAAGCUUGUUGUGCUGUUACGAUUGGUCACAAUAUGUAUUGCUUUGCUUUGAUCCAGACCGAGACAUAUACUGUAGUGCUGUGGGAUUUGUACCCAUGACUUCCUGCACUUUAUGGACACAGUGUCUAUUAGGUUGGCUGGCAUUUCCGAACACUUGCUGUAGAGCUGUUCACAAUUCUUGCCCUUGUUACACUCAGUGCGGAGGUGGGGUGGUCGGGUACGUCACGUGUUUACACCCUGAAAUCUUCUUUAAAAUACGAAACCAUAGCAGUGUGGACGCAGCCUCGAUUAUGCAGCAUGAAAGAGGGGCGUUGUUUUGUUGACGGUGGGCUCGGGUGCCACGCGUCAACCCUCUUUUUCGUCAAUCGCAGGGGUCAGAGUUCACACCUGCUCUGACUGACAGCCAUAUUUUCGUGACCUCAGGCGGUUUCCUUCAAAGUAUUCGUUCUUGUCGGGAUUCAAGAACGCAGGUUGUUUCCUCGCUAACCUCAAGAAUAUUUUAUGCUCAACCUUUUCUAUAUCUUCACCCACGACGAGCCAAAUAUGCACCCUCCAAUUGGAUUUCCAGGCCCAGUGCAAGCUUAAUCGAUGAUGUCACUAAACAGGGUCCAACCACGACGCCGCAGCAGGAAGAGAGUCACUCUGAAUGUAUUUUCAUCAAAGGCCUAAGAAUCGCCCUCUCAGCGUCCUCAUUAUUGCGUUCAGACGAAAGCGAGUCAGAAACCACAAUCAUACGUAAAGGAAAAACACUGAGCUUUUUUUUUUUUUUUAAUAGUGCUGUUUUGAUUGUAAAAUGCAAAACAAGCCUUUUUUUAAAGAAUGAUCCACAGCCCGAUGCAAAAUUUCCAAAGAUUGUCAAGAUUUAAAAAAAAAAGCCAUGUGGUAGCAAUGCAUUUUGAAGCAUUUAUAAUGAGGACAGACGCAUAUAUAUAUCUAUAUCUAUAUGUAUAGAUAUGUAUAUAUGUGGGUUGUGUGUAUAUGUGCCCGGACUUUGGACCCAGAAAUCACAAACUAUUUUUUUUCCUCUCUUUAAUGUAUGGUUUUGAAGAUGUUUAAAUGCCCUUUUGUAUUGUCUGCCAAUUUCGUAGAGCUAAGAUAUAACCUUAAAAUGCUAAAAUCCCUAGCAUAAUGCCUUAGAUCGCAUCUGUCGUCCUUCUUGUACAUGACGUCGCCGCCUGCAUUCAUUUGUACAAACGUGAGCGAGUGCAACGUCGCCAUCAUCACCGCUGUGUUCCUGUGAUAGGACUGUUAUGGUUUCAUCCUCCCUCAGCGCUGUUCCCACAGAGAAGACGGAGAUUUUAUCCAAGCAAUAUGAAUCACGGACUUUACUGGAGGAAGUUUGUUUUGCUGGAGUUUUUUCUUUUCUUUCCGCCUCGUUCACGGAAUCACACGUUUCCCUGCAUCCACCUUUGUAAACUUAGCGAGUUUGUGUGUGAGAAAGAUUGUGGUCGUGUGUAAGAGUGAGAGUUUUAUGCAAAUUAAAUCUACAAGAGAAGUAAAUACACAGUUAUGCAAGUUGUGAACUAAUAUGGCUUCGCUGAUGCUAUCUGCAUUGUAAAUAAAGAAUUCUG